GGACCUCGCCGGCUUCUUCUUCCUUCUGGCUUUAAGUACCUGAUCGUCUUCUUCUCCCACCAACUGUCUCAAGCGUUGCACCAAGUAAAGGCAUCCUCGUUCAGCUUUCUCGUCUGUUUAGUUCUUGUGGUUUUGGUUGGUGUUGAUGGAGGGAGUAGAGAUACCGCCUUACUUCCUUUGCCCUAUAUCUCUGCAACUGAUGAAGGACCCGGUGACGCUGUCGACGGGGAUCACCUACGACCGCGAAAGCAUCGAGCGGUGGAUCUUUUCCGGAGGGCACAAUACGUGUCCGGUCACCAAGCGGGCCUUGCCGGACUGCGAGGUCACUCCGAACCACACUCUCCGGCGGUUGAUCCAAGCUUGGUGCACCGUUAACGCGUCGAGCGGCGUGGAGCGGGUUCCCACCCCGAAGGCCCCCGUCGAGCAGGGCCAGAUCGUGAAGCUCCUCGAUGAGGCGAAGCUGCCGCAGUCCCAGCUCAGGUCGCUGGCCAGGCUGCGGGCGAUCGUAUCCGAGAGCGAGCGGAACAAGCGGUGCGUCGAGGCGACUGCCGGUGUCGUGGACUUCCUGGCAUCCGUCAUAGCGAACGACGGAUAUAGCUCGAACGAAGAGGUCGAUGAUGGAUUGGAGUCCACAGGUGCCUGCGACGAGGCACUCAACAUUCUCCACUCGCUUACGAUCUCCGAAGGUGGUCUCCUCGACCUCGUGACGAGACAUGCCGGCAUGAUCGAGUCACUGACGACGAUACUGAGACGAUCGAGUUACCAGUCACGAGCCUACGCGACGCUGUUGCUGAGAUCGAUGCUUGGAGUGCUCACGCAGGAGAAGCUGAUCAAUCUCGGUGAGGAGCUAUUCCAAGAGAUAGUGAACGUCAUACACGACCGGAUCUCGAACCAGGAGACGAGGGCGGCAUUGCAUGCCCUCAUCGAGGCGUGCCCAUGUGCGAGGAACCGAAUCAAGGCGGUAAAUGCCGGCGCCGUGCACGUCCUGAUCGAGCUGCUGCUCGAAGAAGACGACAGGAGGAUUUGCGAGUUGGCGCUGGUGGCGAUGGACCGGCUCUGCGGGUGCGCCGAGGGGAGGGCGGAGCUCGUGGGGCACGCGGCCGGCAUCACGGUGGUGUCGAAGAAGAUACUGCGGGUGUCGGAGAUGGCGAGCGAGAGGGCGGUCAGGAUACUGCACUCGGUGGCGCGGCACUCGGCUACUCCUCGAUUGCUGCAGGAGAUGAUGCAGAUGGGAGUGGUGUCCAAACUGUGCCUGGUGCUCCAAGUGGAUUGCAAAGCUAAGACCAAGGAGAAAGCGAAGGAGAUCCUCAGUAUGCAUUCGAGGGUGUGGAGGAGCUCCCCUUGUCUUUCCCCACAGUUCCAGGUUUCAUAUCCUUCUUCGUGACAGUCAAAUUGAAGACAGUCAAAUUUGUAGAUUCAAUCUCACAGUAUCAAAGAACACAUAUACGAUAAUAGUUCAGCAAUAAGUUGAUUGUUUGUUUUUUAUCAGCAAAAACAUCAUUUUUACCUCA